UCGUCGUGCCCGAAUGUCAACGCCCGGUUCUACACCGCCGUCAACCGGAGGGUCUCCCUGGGGUUGUCAAACAAAAGGGCUACCAGGGCACGUAUUUCAAUGAUGCCUGUCGGCACACCACGGGUACCUUACAGAACACCUGGUGAAGGAACCUGGCAGUGGCUUGACAUAUGGAAUGCUUUAUAUCGUGAACGGAUUAUCUUCAUCGGGGACACUAUUGAUGAAGAAUUCAGUAACCAAGUACUGGCAAGCAUGCUGUAUCUUGACAGUGUCGAUGACACAAAAAAGAUUCUUCUAUACAUCAAUGGUCCAGGAGGAGAUCUUACACCAUGCAUGGCGUUAUAUGAUACCAUGCUAAGCCUAAAGAGUCCAAUUGGUACUCAUUGCCUGGGCUUUGCAUUCAACUUGGCAGGAUUCAUUCUUGCAGCUGGUCAAAAGGGUUCACGUACGGGUAUGCCUCUUUGCCGUGUUUCACUUCAGUCACCUGCUGGAGCAGCUCGAGGCCAGGCUGAUGAUAUAGAAAAUGAAUCAAACGAACUUAAUCGGAUCAAGAACUAUCUUUAUGGCAAGCUAGCAGAACACACGGGCCAUUCUGUUGAAAAGGUUCAUGAGGACCUAUCGAGGUCGAAGCGCUUUGACGCCGAAGGAGCCCUCGAAUACGGGAUCAUCGACCGUAUCGUCAGGCCUUCCCGGAUCAAGAAAGAGGGCGGCUCGACCACCGGUCAGAAGAAGGAGCUGCGGAAUCUGGGACUCGGCUAAUCUUUAGAUGUCAGCGCACCAGAGUUAGCCGUAGACCGCCACAGUUUUUCCACGUCUAGUCCUGCUUCGAAAUCUCGACGCUUCCUUUCAUCGGUUCAUGCGGAUGUACGAGAUUUAGCUUGUCUCUCCGGUAUCCCCAGACUUUUAAGACAGAGCGAUAGCACACUGAGAAACGCCGCGCACGUUUGAUGAUUUCGCGCGACAUUAAUGUUCUUGUUGAGUCAGUGGUCCGGCAAGACGCUGUCUGAUACUAGUUUUUGUUUAUUUUAUUUUAUUUUGCGGGAAUUUCUGAUA